UUUUUUGGUGUUCGCGGGUAAAAAGGACGUAGGAUGUCCGGCCAUGUAGUAUAGCAGAGACGGACCUACUGUUAUUGGUUGCAUAUUACUCUAUUUCUAGAGACCUCCGAAACGUACCAAAGUGCCUCCGUGGAAUUCCCUGGGAACACCUUUUUCAUCCGAGUUACUAACAAAUAGCUUUAUCCCCAUUUUAAGCAGUGUAGGAGAGUAGAAAUUCCGGUGAAGUUGAAUUUGCCAAGCCUCGUAGUCAUUCAAUAGGACCAUAGUGGAGGGUUGAAAUUUUAAACAAUGAGUAGUUCAAAAUCUGAAGAAUUAUCUCAAGCUAUUGCAGAUAUUUUGAAAGCUGGUGGAGAGAAAAAUGAAAAGAGCAAGUCUCGUAAAAAAGAAAUGCGCGGUGUUGAAGUACUGCUGAAAUCAAUGAACAAUUUAACAACUGAAGAGAAACUGAAGGUUUUAACACAAAAAUAUGCCGAAUUGCUGGAAGAAAACAGAUCAACUGCUGCUAGUUUAAAAAAUAAUGAAAAGCAUAUGACAGUUUUACAAAAGGAAAAAGAACAACUGCAAAUGGAAAAUGGGAAGUCUCUUUUAGCUCGGUCAAGAUUAGAAGAACUCUGCCGUGAGCUCCAGAGACAGAAUAAGGUUGUAAAAGAGGAGAGCAUGCUACGUGUACGUGAAGAAGAAGAACGUAGAAAAGAAGUAUCUACUAAAUUUCAGACAACACUUUCUGAAGUUUCAGCAUUACUUCAGCAGAACAAUGAUAAGAAUCAAAAAUUACGUGAUGAAAACAGUGAAAUGGCUACAAAAUUACAGAUGCUGUGUGACCAGUACAGCUUAAGGGAACAACAUUUGGAGAAAUUAGGGAAGCAGUAUGACAUUGAACGUCAACUAAAUGAAGCUAAACUUGCAAAAAUACGAAUGGAUUCCGCGGAAGCUAAGGAAAAACUGCUGAAAGAAAAGCAGAUACUUCUGCUGGAUCUAACUGAAUAUCAAAAGAAAUGUCAAGUCAUGCAGGAGGAGGAAGUAGGACUGCGCCACCAGUUGUCUAUGUAUACAGACAAAUAUGAUGACUUUCAAAAGGCAUUAAAAGCCAGCAAUCAACAGUUCAGUUGCUUUAAAACUCAAAUGGAUGAAAUGACUAAAAAGCUUAAGAGCUUGGAAAAGGAAACGGCGCUUUGGAAACAGCGUUGGGAGAAAAGUAACUCUUUGCUAACCGAAAUGGCCAGUGAAAAGAAACAAAGGGAUUCUGAACUCCUUACUACCACAAAGCAACUGGCCCAACUUGAAAAGCUCUGUAGAGCAAUGCAGACAGAAAGAGCUUCAUUAAUCACAGAAAUAAAGUCUAUUAAAAUGGCUCCUUUUGGCGAAUUAUCAGAAUCUACGACCAACGAAGGUUUUCAUUCAGAAAGCGUCGCUACUGUAACCCAACAAAUUUUAACGUUGCCUAAUGUUGAACAACCAUGCAGCAACUCUGGCGCUGAUGUAUGUCACAUUGACGCCAAUAAAGUUUCAGUAAACUUAAAAGAAAUUGAUUCAGAUGCUAAUAUUCUGCUUUCAAUUCCUCAUGAUAUUAAUUGCGAACAGUUUGUUCAGGUUUUGGAAAUUUCAGCUGAACGUUGCACAGAUUUAUCUCUUGGGAGCGAUGAUGUGAAAAGUUCCGCUCUAGUACACUCGCCUUCAUCUGAAACCGCUAAUAUAAUCGCUCCUAUGGAUUCACCUUCUCAGGAAUCUGUUGUAAUUAACUAGUCAUGAAUAAGAACAAAUACAAUGCUUAAAGACUGCA